AUGCAACGACACCAGUUCCUGAUCCGCCGGCUCCAUUCGUUGACCGGCAUCCUCCCGAUCGGGGUCUUCCUGAUUGCUCAUCUUGUGACCAACUCCUCGCUCGCAUGGGGCUGGUUCGCUCUCAAGGGGCGAGGCGGCGCUGAAGGACUCAAUGUCUCAGAAGGCGGCGUGCAAUACUUCGCACACGAAGUGACCUGGAUCAACACACAGGUCCCACACCUGUUUUUGAUCGAGGUCACCCUCUGGUUGUCGAUCGCGUUCCACUCGAUCCUUGGGUUCUACUACGCGAUCGGCGGUCAAGGGAAUCUUCCUCGCUACAAGCAUCAGGACAACUUCCGCUACACGCUCCAGCGUCUCUCGGGAUACUUUGGGAUCGCGUUCAUUUUCUACCAUGUUGCGACCCUCCGCUGGGGAUGGACCUUCCUUGUGCCCAAUGGAACGAAAUGGUCGCACGACUUUAGUGCAUCAACUCUUGCUGCAGCAUUGCAAGGGUCCACUGAGGGCUGGACCGCUGCGGGACUCAUCGUCUCACUGUUCUACUUCGUUGGUGUUUCGUUGCUCGUCUUCCACUUCGCUAAUGGCUUGUGGACAGCAGCGAUCACAUGGGGUUUGACCGUUUCUGAGCACGCACAGAAGAAAUGGGGUUAUGUCUGUGCCGGACUCGGUAUUGGACUCAUGCUGGCGUCAUGGGGGGCACUGGCAGGUGCGAUGAUGAUUGACUACGACGAGGCGCAGGUGAUCGAAGCUUCGUUGCACGGCUCGCACGAGCUCCCAGAUGAGCAGCUUGAUCUGCAUACUCAGAGCCAAGAGCACACACUCCAGACAGCAGAAGUAGAUCCAGAAGGAAACCAAAUGAGCGAACAAAGAGUCAUCGUCGUCGGGGGUGGAUUGGCCGGGCUAGCCGCGUCGAUCCGCAUCGCCGAAGCGGGCGUGCCCGUCGAUCUCUUCUCCAUGGUCCCUGUCAAACGCUCGCACUCCGUGUGCGCCCAGGGCGGCAUCAACGCAUGCAACGAGGUCGCGCGUCAGCAGGGGUACUCCGAAUACCAGCACUUCGACGAGACCCUCAUAGGAGGCGACUUCCUCAACGACCAGCACCCCGUCCUCGAGAUGACCAACUGGGCGCCCAAGAUCAUCGACCUGCUCGAUCGCAUGGGUGUCCCGUUCAACCGCUCAAGCGAGGGCUACCGCGAUCUGCGCCUCUUUGGUGGAUCGCUCUUUAAGCGGACCCACUUCUCAGGCGCGACGACUGGUCAGCAGCUCCUCUACGCACUCGACGAGCAGAACCGACGUUUCGUCAGCGAGGGUAAGGUCACGGAGUACAACUAUUGGGAGUUCCUCUACCCCAUUACACAAGGCGAGGGUGAGGACAAGCGAGCUGUGGGCAUUGUUGCUCAGGACAUGCGGACGAUGCAGAUCCGCAGCUUCCGCGCCGAUGCCGUCGUGAUGGCGACCGGCGGGUGCGGCUUGGUGUUCGGCAAGUCCACCAACUCCGUCAUCUGCACAGGUGGUGCCGCGUCGCGCUGCUACCAAGCGGGAGCGUGGUACGGCAAUCCUGAGAUGAUCCAGGUCCACCCAACCGCGAUCCCUGGCGCCGACAAGUGCCGACUCAUGUCCGAGUCCGCACGCGGCGAAGGUGGUCGCGUCUGGGUCCCCGCGAAGAAGGGCGACACUCGCAAGCCCAACGACAUCCCAGAAAACGAGCGCUACUACAUCCUCGAAGAACGCUACCCCAAGUACGGCAACCUCGUCCCUCGUGACAUCGCGACACGCGAGAUCUUCGAUGUCUGCGUCAACGACGGCAUGGGGAUCAACGGACAGAACCAGGUCUACCUCGACCUGACCCACAAGGACCCCGACUACCUCACGGAAAAACUCGGCGGCAUCCUCGACAUCUACGAGAAGUUCGCCGGGGAAGACCCACGCUUCACUCCGAUGAAGAUCUUCCCAGCGGUCCACUACUCGAUGGGGGGAUUGUGGACGACCUACACGCCGGGGGAUUACAACCCUGACCAGCCAAUGCCAGAGCACAAGCCUGGGAAUCCGAUUCCUGUUGGAAACGAGCAGGGACACGGGCUGACCAUCGGUGCACACAACAACGCGAUGACCAACAUCCAAGGUCUCUACGCGUUUGGGGAGGUCAACUUUGCGUACCACGGCGCCACGCGACUUGGUGCCAAUGCGUUGCUGAGUUGUAUCUUUGAUGGUCUUUGUAAUGGAGUUUCAGUCGUCAACUACAUCCGCGACGAGAAUCACGCUGCGGUUUCGGAAGUCGACCAAGCGGUGUAUGACAACGCCGUGAAGCAGGAGCAGGACAAGCACGACGCGCUGCUCGCAACGACAACCAACAACAACGGCAACAAAGAAAAUAACCCAUACCAGAUCGCAUUUGAACUUGGCGAGAUCAUGAACAAUCAGUCCACGGUGGUCAAAACCGCUGAAGGACUCCAGAAGUGUCUCGACAAGAUCGACGAACUCUCCGAGCGUUACAAGAAUGUCCAGCUCGGCGACGGCGCGAUGUGGACGAACCAAUCGCUCAGCUUCACGCGAACAGUGGGGGACAUGCUCAUCCUCGCUGAAGCGAUCGCCAAAGCGGGACUGCUGCGUGAAGAGUCCAGAGGCAGCCACUACCGCACAGACUUCCCUGAGCGUGAUGACGAGAAGUUCUGGAAGGCAUCGGUUGCCAAGUUUAAUCCAAGCACCGGGAAGUCGGACAUCGAGUUCGUCCCUGUCAAAGCGGGUCUGGUCAAGCUGCGUCCACGCACCUACGGCAAGACCGCGCCUGAGAAAGCUGAAUCCAAGACCCCUGAACCAGCGAACGCAUAA